GCGGGUUGGCCUCUAAAUUGGGCUCUCAACUUUUAUAUUUGCAAAUUACAACUGAACUAAAACCUUUGAGCAAAAUGAAGUUGUUCCAGUUCCCACACGAUCAAGUUAGGGGAAGUCGAAAUCAAACCCGUAUCAUCUCCACCCAAAUAUUGCGGUGGAUUUUCUGUUAUUGGGCGAAGAAAACAGUUGUAUUCUCGUCAAUCGUAUUUUGGUUGCUUUGCUUUGUGGCAGAAAUUAGGAAUGAGCCUUCAGUUAUAUGUUAGGGUUCAUGAAUUCGAGAUAGAUGAAACAGUAAAGAAUAUAACUUUGUUUUGGUUCUGUGUUUUGAGCCAUGAAAAAAAAAAAAAAGGAAAAUCAAAAAUCAAAAUCGUGGAGCAAAGACUUUAUAUUCUUGAUGAAGUGAAUGCGAAUCGUUUCCAUGGCUUCUCCAAGCUCUGAGCAAUGAAGAAAUAUGGGUAAAAACUGAUACCUUUUUGCAGUCUGCCGUUGCCGGCCUCAGCUUCCUUUCUCUAAAGGAUGCUUUGCCGGAUUGAUCAUGUAACGCUGCAGGAUGUGAGCCUGAGCUCACAUCGCUAUAUUAAAUGCCUCUAUUAUAAAUUACACCCGAGUUCAUCAGUUACAGAAAAUGUGAAACAAUGGCAGGGUCUCUCGCCGAGCUACCUCCAAACAUCCUCUCAGAGAUCCUCUCAAGGCUUCCCAUCAAGAGCCUCGUUGCAUGCAGAACUGUAUGCAAGACCUUUCUUGAUAUAACAUCCUCCAAUCCAUUCUUCAACUCUCUGCAUUCAUCAAAGACGGCCCCAAAUCUCAUAAUCCAGUUAGGAAGCGUCCACAACCCUACAAGGUUAGUCCAUUUGGUUGAAUCUGGACUAGAUACUGCAUUUAUGUCCGGUGGGAUAGCCGAAUUGAAACUUAUGUUUCGGAUUCCAAAUUAUCCGAGCAGGUAUUUUGAGAGAUACCAUGUGCAUACUGGGGAAGAAAAUAAUUUUGUUUUGGUUAAUUCAUGUGAUGGAUUACUGUACUUUGCUGAACGAGAUGUGUGUGAGCGCUCAUUUGUUUGUAAUCCUAUUAUGAAGGAAUACCUAACCCUGCCUGAAUUUGAUAAGGAAAGGAAUCGGCGUCAGCUAACCAUGGGGUCAUGGUUUGGGUUUAGUGUGGGGGAUAAUCAAUAUAAAGUUUUGAGGAUUUUCUCCACCUUAACUGGUAGACCUUGGGAAAUUGGUUUCAAGCAGGAGUUUUGGGCUCAAGUUCAUGUAGUAGGGUCAUCUUUGUGGAGAGAUAUCGCAAAUCAGCCACCUUCAGAGUAUCUUACAUGGGAUACAUGCUUUACUCUCUUGAAUGGAACUGUUUAUUGGCUCUGCCGGUAUCCAGAGCUAUCAAAAUUCAUAAUCUUUUUCGAUUUCCAUCAAGAAAAAUUUGGCGAAAUUCUACCUCCACUUGAACUUGGGACUGGUUGGCAAAUAAAUCAACAUUGCAUGAGCAUGGGUGUCCUUGGAGGUUGUCUAUCUGUGACUGUUAAUACUGAAUUUCUUGACAUAUGGGUUGUGGAGAAGUCCAGCGGCCAGGUGUCCUGGACCAAAAAGUUUGUUAUUGAUACAUCGGUUCAUAUGGGGCAUCAUCUCAUUGAAGGCCCGUUCAAGCCCCUGCAAAUUCUUAGCAAUCGCCACAUAAUACUGAUGAUGAUCUGGUCCGAUGAUGUCGUGGUGUGCUAUGAUGCAAAAGAGAGGACAUUUAAGUUUUUCAAGCUUAACGGGGUCAGAUCCGUCUGCAGAUCUGUUAUGCUCAGGCCUAGCUUUGUUCCUCUGAAGGAUGCCCUGAUGGUUGACAAUGUGGUGGUGCAGAAUUCGCAGUAGAAGAAGGUAUGAAUUUGCAUUUUAGUACCACAAUGAUUUCUUGCUUAUGUUAUUUAGGGUCUCAUUCUCUAACCUGUUUCACAGAUUAAUUUCUCAUAGUUUCUUGCAUCUUAUGCUUACUUGAGUUUCCAAAUUGGUGCAAAUUUAGAGGUUGUACUAUUUGUCACUUUGGUUCCAGUCUAUCCUUGCCGAGGUGUGAACGUGUUUAGUGUUCGUAUUAAUUGUGCUUUUCUGAAUAUACGUUACGACUUGCGUACACAGGUUUCUAUGCAUGAUCUCCGUGUUCUUUUAUGCCUUUUGCGUUUCCUAAACUUUUGUCGUUCUAGGCAGAGCAUCUGGGUUGCGCGCUGAUGGUUUAGAUCUUCCGACUGAAAGCAUAUGCCCAAUCUGGAAUGCGUAUUUACUAUUAUCUUCUUAAAUUUAAUACUGUUUUUAUGUAAUAUACAGUAUUCUGUUUCUACAUUUUUUUAUAUAUAUAAUUCUGUUUCUACAA